AUGCCGCCGGCGGCGGGAGUGGUGUCGCGGAGCGAUCGUAUUCCGAUGAAUCCGGCGGCGGCGCCGCCGCAGACCCAGCUUCCGAUUGUCGCUGCGGCGGAGGCGCACGCCAAGGACGCGGUCAUCGCGUGGUUCCGCGGCGAGUUCGCGGCAGCGAACGCCAUCAUCGACGCACUCUGCGGCCACCUGGCUCUGCUCGACGGCGGGGCGGCGGGUGAGGCGUACGGGCCGGCGUUCGCGGCGAUCCACAGGCGUCGGAUGAACUGGAUCCCGAUCCUACAGAUGCAGAAGUACUACCCAAUCGCCGACGUGGCGGAGGAGCUGCGGAAGGUCGCCGAGGUGAAGAAGGUUCCGCCGCCGCCGCCGGCGGCGGCGGACGGCGAAGAAGAGAAAUCGAAGGAUUUGAAUCUGGAGAGCUCCAUGGAGAGCAAUGAGGGCGGAGACGGUGGCGGAGGAGAGGUGGUCGAUGAGGAUUUCACGUCGGAGAUAACGGACACAGGAUCUCAAGAAGUCCAGAACUUUCCGGAAAACGUCGAUAUAUGCUCCAACCACGACAACUGCGAGGCGCGCCGUGCCCAGAUCAAGAUCACAAAAGGCUUCGUGGCAAAGGAGCCGAUAAAAGGGCACACGGUUAAUGUCGUUAGGGGUCUUAAGUUAUACGAGGACAUAUUCACUGAUGUCGAGCUGUCGAAACUGAACGAUUUUGUGAACGAACUUCGGUCGGCUGGUCAAAAUGGCGAGCUUUCAGGCGAGACCUUCAUUUUGUAUAAUCAGCAGAGGAAAGGAAACAAGAGAGAGUUGAUUCAGCUUGGAGUCCCCAUUUUCGGAAAGAUUAAAGAAGAUGAAAUAAACACAGUCCAGAAGAAUUAUAUAGAGCCAAUCCCAACUCUUCUUCAAGGUGUAAUCGAGCACUUGAUCCAGUGGCGUUUAAUCCCAGAAAAUCGGACACCAAACAGCUGUAUCAUUAGCUUUUUCGAUGAGGGAGAAUAUUCUCAGCCCUUUCUGAAACCGCCUCACUUGGAGCAUCCUCUCUCAACUUUUCUCCUCCACGAAUCAACCAUGGCUUUCGGCCGAACCCUCGUGAGCUACGGUGAAGGCAACUACAGAGGAUCUCUCAUGCUUUCUCUGAAAAAAGGGUCGCUUCUCGUCAUGAAGGGCAACAGUUCGGACAUGGCAAGGCACGCCAUGUGCUCGUCUCUAAACAAAAGGACGAGCAUCACUUUUUUCCGGGUCAGAACCGAGUCUGAAAACAACCACCCAUCAGAAACGAACUACUCGUUUUCCAAAGCAAUGAGCGUAUGGCAACCGGGUGUACAUGCUCCAUACACGGUUCCAAAUUGGAGUCCAGUUGUGAUGCUGGCGCCCGUUAGCCCGAUGGUCGUGAGCCCAAGAAGGGGCCCACGUGACGGUACAGGGGUUUUCUUACCGUGGGCUGUCGGGUCGAGAAAGCACAUGAAGCAACUGCCGCCACGCGCGCAGAGGGGUCGUUUUCUGGCACUGCCUCCGCCUGUCGGCUCGGUUAAAAACGAGUCGGGUUCCGAUUGA